UGCCACAAGACCCUUUCGUCGCUGUGUCAGGAUUCACGUCUGUUGGAACGCUUGAAGCCCAAAGAGUACUUGAAAGAACUGCGGGUUUGUCUAAUAGAGGGGACGCAACUCGUGGUACGGCACCUCAAUGACAGAACCCUCGAAUACUGCCUUGAGCCACUUCACCUGACCAGUUAUCAAGAUAACUGCAGUCCGCCACCCACAAUGACAGCCUGCACAAUGCCCGCCAUCCCAAGGCCGAAUGGAUGCAUUCUGCCCCUGGAUGCGACACCGUUUAUGCUGCAGUUGUGUAACAUUAUUGAGACGCAAGAGUGCGUGUUUCUUCUCACUGAACGCGCCCGGGGUCCCCGGUUUUUCGACUGGUUCCAACACCACAUUGAAAGGCAGUUUGUUUUGGCAUGGCGCAAUUCCUCUCUGGCGCUCACACAAAAGCAGGAUACUACUGCUGCAGCUACAGAAAACGCUGGCAUCCACCACAUUGCCUGGUGCCGGCUCAGAUCUGCCCGGAUCCGAGGCCUUUUGAAGAGCGCCGAGACUGUUUGUGAGUCGGCUAUAUCAAGCAGGUUCUCUGGUGAUUUUUGUCACUAG